GUCGCGGGGCAGAUCCAAGACAGACAAAGUCAAAAAGUCUCUCUCCUCAGCCUGAGUGAUCACUUUAGAAGGAAACCACUGACGCUAUUCAACAGGCUCGACUUCGCGUACGUCUGUCCAGAUUCGAGCCAAAAUGAGACGGGUCACUGCUAAUUUUAUCAUCUACUGGAUGUCAACAACUGUCUUUGGUAAAGAAAUAAAGCUCACAGCCAGCAACGUGAACGUGACCUGCUUGGAGCGUGUCGUUCUACAGUGCAACAUCACCUCACCACAGCCUGUUGAAGUCAUAAGCAUGGCUUACAAAGCCUGUAACCACACUACCUCCAACCCGCAGUGUGAAUACACAGAGAACAAAUCUCUAACGUACACGAUUCCACAUGCUACACCAGCAGACGCAGGCCAGUAUACGUGCACUGUAGAGGCGAAGGAAGGUCUUGGCUUUGCACGCUCGACGGUAACAGUAGGAGACUGCGAAGUACAAGUGCUGGGGCAGGUUGAGGGUAAUCAGGUGCAAUGCAGUUUCAGUGGUGUUUACACUAAAGGCGAAGUGCACUGGUUCAACAGCACCCAGAACAUUACCUCCGACAUCCCUGACGAGAUCGUGAAAGACCAACGCGGACUGUUCAACAUCAGCAGCACUCUGAGUAUCCCGGACAUCCAGCAGCAGCAUCAGUAUUACUGCUCUCUGUGGAUUCCCAGGGAAGGCUAUGUUACUUCUUAUGUGCCCAUCAGUUCCAUGGACAAAAACAAGCUGUCAUGGAUUCUAAUGUUCCUUUGUCUUAUUCUAUCCUAUGGUUUGCUAAAGACUGAAUAAACUUUACGAUCAGGCACAUUUGGGAACAAGACCCAUGCUUCAAUAUUAUUGCAGUAUGAUUUUAAAUGCUUGCAAAAUGACAACCGAGUUGUAGAAUAAAACAUUUUUGUGAGUCUGAGAAA